UAGCUGUUUCCUUAGUGAUAAAAAGUCUCAGUUGUCCCUCUCAAUCUCUGACAGCUGCGGGAACAACUCUUCUUUCCAAAGUGGCGCUCCUAAAUUCCCGAUGUUAGAGCUGGUAUCUAUAUUUAGCUGGUGGGAUUAAAUUGCACAGGCUACAAGCUGGGCAGAGCACACUGCUCUGCCUUUUUACAGCUGGACCUGUGUGCUGCGAGGAGCUAAGGCCUUCAGUGUCCCCUUCCUCACCCAGGUCACUCACAAAAUGGACUCCCAGCGGGAACUCGCGGAGGAGCUGCGGCUUUACCAAUCCACCCUUCUUCAGGAUGGUCUAAAAGAUCUCCUGGAUGAGAAAAAAUUCAUCGAUUGCACCCUAAAAGCUGGUGACAAAAGUAUUCCUUGCCACAGAUUGAUUCUGUCAGCUUGUAGUCCUUAUUUCCGUGAGUAUUUUUUAUCUGAAAUUGAUGAGGCGAAAAAAAAGGAGGUUGUCCUAGAUAAUGUGGAUGCUGCCGUACUGGAUUUAAUCAUCAGGUACCUCUACUCGGCCAGUAUUGAUCUCAACGAUGGGAACGUGCAGGACAUUUUUGCCUUGGCCAGCCGCUUUCAGAUCCCCUCCGUGUUCACUGUCUGUGUUUCCUAUCUUCAGAAGAGACUGGCUCCUGGUAACUGCCUAGCCAUCCUAAGGCUGGGGCUUCUCCUGGACUGCCCAAGACUUGCCCUCUCUGCCCGUGAAUUUGUGUCUGAUCGCUUUGCACAGAUUUGUAAGGAAGAGGACUUCAUGCAACUGUCUCCACAGGAGCUGAUCUCCGUCAUUUCAAAUGACAGCCUAAACAUAGAAAAAGAAGAAGCAGUGUUUGAGGCAGUGAUGAAAUGGGUGAGAACAGACAAAGAAAACAGGGUUAAAAGCCUUAAUGAAGUGUUUGAUUGUAUCCGUUUUCGCCUCAUGACAGAAAAAUAUUUUAAAGAUCAUGUUGAGAAAGAUGAUAUAAUUAAAAGCAACCCAGAACUCCAGAAAAAAAUCAAAGUUCUCAAAGACGCUUUCGCAGGCAAGCUCCCAGAACCCAGCAAAAACGCAGAGAAGGCCGGAGCUGGUGAGGUGAAUGGAGAUGUUGGUGAUGAAGAUUUACUCCCUGGUUACCUAAACGACAUUCCCAGGCAUGGAAUGUUUGUCAAAGACCUCAUCCUCCUGGUCAAUGACACAGCUGCAGUGGCUUACGAUCCCACAGAAAAUGAAUGCUACCUUACUGCACUGGCCGAACAGAUUCCCAGAAAUCAUUCCAGCAUCGUUACCCAACAAAAUCAGGUAUACGUGGUAGGGGGACUGUAUGUGGAUGAGGAAAACAAGGAUCAGCCUCUCCAGUCCUACUUCUUCCAGCUCGAUAACGUGGCGUCCGAGUGGGUGGGGCUCCCCCCCCUGCCUUCGGCGAGGUGUCUGUUCGGUCUGGGGGAGGCGGAUGACAAGAUCUACGUGGUUGCGGGCAAGGACCUUCAGACUGAGGCUUCCCUGGAUUCGGUGCUAUGCUACGACCCUGUGGCUACAAAAUGGAACGAAGUGAAGAAACUUCCUAUCAAAGUCUAUGGCCAUAAUGUGGUUUCACAUAAGGGGAUGAUAUAUUGCCUAGGAGGGAAGACAGAUGACAAAAAGUGUACGAACAGAGUGUUUAUCUACAACCCCAAAAAAGGAGACUGGAAAGACAUGCCUCCGAUGAAAACGCCCCGCUCGAUGUUCGGAGUCGCAGUCCACAAAGGCAAAAUCGUGGUUGCGGGGGGCGUCACCGAAGACGGUCUGUCGGCUUCGGUUGAAGCUCUGGACCUCACGACCAAUAAAUGGGACAUAAUGGCCGAAUUUCCCCAAGAACGAAGUUCCAUCAGUCUGGUCGAUCUGGCCGGAUCCCUGUAUGCCAUUGGUGGGUUUGCCAUGAUUCAGCUGGAGUCCAAAGAGUUUGCACCCACUGAAGUCAAUGACAUAUGGAAGUAUGAAGAUGAUAAAAAGGAAUGGGCUGGGAUGUUGAAGGAAAUACGUUAUGCUUCAGGAGCUAGUUGCCUCGCUACACGUUUAAAUCUCUUCAAACUGUCUAAGCUAUAAACAAGAAGGUGAAAAAUGCAAUAGAUUGGGAGGUGGUUUGUUUGGAUAAUAGGGCUUUAUUUAUUGUUUUUUAAAAGCCUAUAGAGAUUCAUGUAGAAAUUAUUUAAUAAGUUACUGUCCAAGAGGUUAGCAGUGGGUAUCAAAACCUCAAAGUCCCUGAAUCCUCAAUGUAAUGAUCAGAGCUUAAAACCAUUUUCUAAUGAGAAAUUAAAUAUUAACUUUAACAGA